UUUAUCGAGUCUUUGGCAUUUGAAGAGUGUGGCAAUAAUUUACCUUAUAAUUGUGAAUUAACUGGUUCUCCUUCUUUAAACAUAGAUUCAGAACCUUUGGGUCUACAAAAUAUUCAUCAAUAUAUUUUUCGACUAACACCUAAUGAACAAUUCGAUGCUGAAAAUUGGAUGAAAAUUCUCAAUUUUGGAAGAUUAAAAAUUGUGUGGCGAUCGACAACGGGUGAUAAUGGUCGAACAUUUUUUAAUACCAUCGAGAGGUCUCCAUUUAUAUGCAAGGAUUUGAGACUUACUGUUGACAGAGCACCGAAAAAAGCAAAAGUAAAUGGAAUGUUGACUGUUGUUUGUAAUCUUAGAAAUUGGAGUGAUCAUCCUUUGGAUUUGUUAUUAAAUUUUGAUCAAAACGUUGGCCCAAUUAUUCAUUGUUCGGUCAGUGGCCAACGACUUCCAACAAUUCUACCUGGUCAUAAUAUACAAAUUUCAUUUGAAAUUUUGCCUUAUGUAAAAGGGUUACAGGUUCAGUUUGUUGUUUUGCUGUUUAAUUUCUUUUUUAGAGCAUUUCUGGAGUAUUUUUAA